AUGGCCUCGGCAACCAUCCCGCACAUGGCUGCGCGCUACCCGCCCAACGAGGAACGUGAGGUGGCACUGUGUGCUGCGUACGAGGCAGCGUUCGGGGCUGUGCCGAGCGGUGUGGCCUCUGCGCCCGGACGGGUCAACCUCAUCGGUGAGCACAUCGACUACUCUGGCUACGGCGUUCUGCCGAUGGCGCUAGCGCAUGACGUGCGGGUGGCGUACGGGCUUGGACAAAGUGACGGUGGUGAUGCGGGUGAGCCGCGGCAGGGCUUCGUCUUCUCGGUGGCCAACAUCGAUGGCGACAGGUAUCCGCCGGCGGAGCUCGCUCACGGCGGGCUUGAUGAUGCCGUGCUGGACAAGGGCGCGCACUCUUGGGCAAACUACGUGUUUGCCGGGUACAAGGGCGUGCUUGACGCGGUGGCAGAAGGAAGCCGGGAUGAGGAGCCGCUUGGCGUCGCGCUCAAUGUCAUGAUCGACGGCAAGGUUCCGCCCGGCUCGGGCCUCUCGUCGUCGUCGGCUCUGGUCUGCGCGUCGAUGCUGGCGGCCGCCGCGGGUUUUGGGUGCUCGACCAAGUACAGCCCGGCAGAGUUUGCUAGUAUGGCUGCGGGCGCAGAGCGGUACACAGGAGUCGAGGGCGGCGGGAUGGACCAGGCCAUUUCGAUGAUGGCUCGGGCGGGCUCGGCGCUGUACAUCGAGUUUGAUCCGGUCCGCGGCACGCCUGUGGCGCUCCCGCCCGAUGCUGUCUUUGUUGUUGCCCACUCGCAGGUCGCUGCCAACAAGUAUUACUCGCAGUACAACUUGCGCGUGGUCGAGACCCGGCUCGCGGCCCGGAUCCUGGCUGCCCACCACGCCGUGGCCGAGCCGGACGCCUGCCGCACCCUCGCCGCCGCCGCCGCCGCCGCCGGGCUUGACCUGGCUGGAGCAGAGCAGGCUGUCGAUGACGCGCUGGUCAAGGACAAGCUCUACUCGAUUGCCGAGGUGGCGGCCAUGCUGGACCUCUCUGCCGCCGAGGUAGUUGCUGGCUACGCUGCCAACGGCGCGCUCGCUGGCGUGCCAGCCGACGAGCCGCGACUCGCGCUCCACGCCCGCGCCACCCAUGUGUACUCAGAGGCGCGACGAGUGGCUCACUUCCGCGCCGUUUGCGCCUCGGGAGCCGACGACGCGCUUGCCGAGCUCGGACGCAUCAUGGACGCGUCGCAUGCAUCGUGCGCACAGCUGUUCGAUUGCUCAUGCGCCGAGCUUGAUGCGCUUGUCGCCUCGUCGCGCGCCGCUGGAGCGCUCGGCGCGCGGUUGACCGGCGCUGGCUGGGGUGGCUGCACCGUCUCGCUUGUGGCCCACUCGCAGCUGGACAGCUUCCUAGAGCAUCUCGCCCAGAGCCACUACGGGAUGAGCGCCGACGAGGCCGCGGCAGCAAACGUGCUGUUUGCAUCUGCACCGGGGAGCGGGGCGUGCGUCAUCGAGUUUUGA